AUGUCUGACUUUGGCGAUGACGAUGUUGGCGGAGGCGACGAGACCAUGUACGAGGACGAGGCCGCCGACUACUGGGAUCCCGAGGUUCCUGCGGACGAUGAGGAAGUCGGAAGGGCAGAGGGCGACGAGGAGGACGCGGACAAUGUCGUUGCAUCGGGCGACCCCUCUGCGGCAGCGAACGCGGGCAAGGGAAACGAGAAGUCGCACCGCGACAAGAAGAUUCCCGAUGACCAGCGUACGACGACCCCCUACAUGACAAAGUACGAGCGCGCCCGUAUUCUGGGAACCCGCGCCCUGCAGAUCAGUAUGAAUGCGCCGGUGCUGGUGGACUUGGAAGGAGAGACGGAUCCUCUUCAAAUCGCGAUCAAGGAGCUCCGAGAGAAGAAGAUCCCUCUCAUUGUGCGCCGCUACAUGCCCGACGGAUACUACGAGGAUUGGACCUGCGAGGAGCUUCUCCAGUGA